CUUACCACGACUAAACACACCGCCCCUCAUUCGAGGCAACCACAAAUCAACUUCAUCUCAUUUUAGUGCCGAGAUGCUCCUUUGCCCCCAGUUGUCCCUGUCCAUUGCAGCGAUAAUAUCCGUGGAUUAACCGAAGCCGUUAUUAUAUUUGCAUACUAAUGUGUUUUUUUUUAUCACGGUCAAUCCAGUGACAUCAGUUCUACUAUGCUUUUAUACUGAGAGAGAGAGCAAUGUUCGUCGGCGCGUCGUCGUCAAAUGCGCGCGCCCGUACAAAUCCUCCUAACCUGCAGAGAGACCAUAGACUGGACUCGUAUUGUUAGAGAAACGGAGUGGAGUAACGUUACCCCAAGCGAAAUAUCCCUGCUGGAGAGAUGUACAUCUUAUAAAUGCAUGGCAACCACAGUCAUACCUAUACUGGAUAGUGGACAUGCACUGAAAAGACCUGGAUGUAGGACAGCAAAAUGGAGAGGCACACCCUAUCUUAGCAAAUUUAAGUCUGGUGUCAAUCAACAGAUAAUUAAUGACGGAAUGACGGAGCUCAGAUUCUCUUGAUACAACCCAUUAUCUCCAAGUCACAGCACAGACGGACGCGCCAUGGAUCUCCUUUGGGUUCUGUACUCCAUGCUGACUGUAUGUGUGGCCAUCAAUAUGGACUCUACCGGUAGCCAUAGCAUGUUUACCUGUGAGCCAAUCACAUUAAGGAUGUGCCAGGGCCUCGCCUACAAUACCACCUUCAUGCCCAACCUUCUGAAUCACUAUGAUCAACAGACCGCUGCUCUCGCCAUGGAGCCCUUUCAUCCCAUGGUGAACUUGGAGUGCUCUACUGAAAUUCGCCCAUUCCUGUGUGCCCUUUACGCACCCGUGUGCACCGAGUACGGCCACGUGACCCUGCCAUGUCGGCGCCUGUGCCAGCGUGCCAAGAGUGAUUGCUACAAGCUGAUGGACAUGUUUGGGGUCAGUUGGCCCGAUGAGAUGGAGUGUAGCAGGUUUCCAGAUUGUGAUGAGUCUUACCCCCGAGCGAUAGACCUGCUCCCGAGCAGUGACGGGACAGAGGAAUCUCCCUCAUCGGUUCAGCGGGACUAUGGCUUCUGGUGCCCACGAGAGCUGAAGAUCGAGCCUGACUUGGGUUACUCGUUCAUGGGUGUGCGCGACUGCUCGCCUCCCUGCCCAAACAUGUACUUCCGUAAAGACGAGCUCAUCUUCGCCCGCUAUUUCAUUGGUGUUGUCUCCAUAGUCUGCCUGUCGGCGACGCUCUUCACCUUCCUGACCUUCCUCAUCGAUGUUGGCCGUUUUCGCUAUCCGGAGCGGCCCAUCAUCUUCUACGCGGUCUGCUACAUGAUGGUGUCCCUGGUCUUCUUCCUGGGUUUCCUGCUGGAGGAUCGCGUGUCAUGCAACGCGGCUAGCCCGGGGCGUUUCCGUGCCUCCACCGUCACCCAGGGCUCCCACAACAAGGCCUGCACGCUGCUCUUCAUGACGCUCUACUUCUUCACCAUGGCAGGAAGCGUUUGGUGGGUCAUCCUCACCAUCACCUGGUUCCUGGCGGCCGUUCCCAAAUGGGGAAGUGAAGCUAUCGAGAAGAAGGCUUUGCUGUUCCAUGCGGUGGCUUGGGGCGUCCCAGGAGCCCUUACCAUCACCCUCAUGGCUAUGAACAAAAUCGAGGGUGACAGCAUGAGUGGCGUUUGUUUCGUGGGGCUCUAUGAUCUCAUGGCUUUGCGCUGGUUCCUCUUGGUGCCUCUCGCAUUGGAUGUGGUCGUAGGUGUGGUGCUUCUGUUAGCGGGUAUUGCGGCGCUAAAUAGGGUCCGGAUGGAGAUUCCCCUCGAGAAGGAGAACCAGGACAAACUGGUGAAGUUCAUGAUCCGGAUCGGCGUGUUCUCCGUCCUGUAUCUGGUGCCUCUGUUGACUGUUAUUGGAUGCUGUCUGUAUGAACAGAGCCACAGAGCAGUUUGGGAGACCACCUGGGUGCAGGAACGCUGUAGAGAGUAUCACAUCCCCUGCCCGUUCAAGGUCGAACAAACGAGCAGGCCAGAUAUCGCCUUGUUCCUCAUCAAGUACCUGAUGAUGCUGGUGGUGGGAGUCCCCUCAGUGUUUUGGGUCGGCAGUAAAAAGACCUGCUUCGAGUGGGCCAGUUUCUUUAAUGGACAGCGCAGGAAAGACAGCAUGGUGCACGAGAGCAGGCAGGUGUUGCAGGAGCCCGACUUCACCCAGCUCCUCCUCAGGGACCCCAACAUCCCAGUGGUGAGGAAGUCUCGAGGCACCUCAACACAGGGCACCUCCACCCAUGCCUCUUCCACACACCUUGCCAUGUUGGACGAGCCCCCCAGCGCCAGCACCAGCCGCGCGGGGAGCAUGCGCAGCAAAUCAAGCAGCUUCCACGGCAGUCUGCAUCGCUCCAGAGACGAGAGGUACACAGCUUGUAGUUAUCGUGGCGUUGAGGAACGUCUCCCUCACGGGAGCACCCUGCGCCUUAAUGAUCCGCUCCAAAACUGUGGCAUCAACCGUCUCGACAGCCAUUCACGGCACGGCAGCCUGCAGCGCCUGGAGAGCCAAUCACGACACAGCAGCAUGCGAGACCUCACCAUCACAGCACAGGCCGUCCAGAGCAGCCCUGGCAACGGCAUUCACCGCGUCAUAGAGGAGGAUGCCACCAAGGCGUGAACUUUCACAUGGCAGGAAAUAGAGACCAAAUGAGUAAAGAGAACAUGGACUCUUCUGGCACAAACUCCUCAUGAUGGAUGGCACAAACUACACAGUGUGCCAUGUACGUUUCCUGGGAAUUGAACCCAUGACCUUGCAGGUGUUAGCAUUUUGACUAUACCAACCAAACACUUGAAAUCUUUAGAUGUACACUACUAUUUGAAAGUGUGGGGUCAGUACUUUCUACAGAUUUCUAUUUCAAAUUAAUGCUGCUGAUCAAAUAAAUGCAGCCUUGCUGAGAAUAAUAAACUUUUUUUCAAAUCUUACCGGCCCUUAAACAUUUGAACAUGUAUGUACUGUUAUCUUUUCUCAAGUAAAAUCUGUGUGGAACCUCUCUUAUUAAAGGCUUCCUAUAAUAACAGGGUCAAACGUAAGGGCUUUUAAUACGUUAUCAUUCUGUGAUGUAUAGAGGCGCUUGCUGUUUUAUUUACUCCCAUGUUUUAGGAGUUGUUUCACUACUGAUGUGGUUUUGAAUGUUUCUUUCCAUUGUUUGUUGCACUUUUGACUUCACUUUUGUUUUGUAGAACAGAACUAGUGAUGUAUAUGGACAUCUCCGCACAUAUUUAAAUAGACAGUUCGCCCAAAAAUGAACAUUUCGUCAUCAUUUACUCACCAUUGUUACAUUUCAAACUUGUAUGAUUUUCUUUUUUUUUCUGUGGAAGACAAAAGAAGAUGUUUAGCAGAAUGUACGAGAUUCACAUUUCCAUACAAUGAUAGUGAAUAGUGAUGAAGGGCUGUAAAGAUACAAAAAUGACAAAAAGCAAAAUAAAACAUAAACGACUCACUUGUAUGUAUUCAGUCAAUAAUACUUUCCAAUGCCAAGUGUUAAUUGUUUCCAGUGCCAAUGUCCUAAAGUUUAGGGUGCAAAAAUGAAAAAGAAAAAAACCUAAAAAAAUAUAUGUAUCAUCAGCCAUUUUAGAAUAGAAAUAGUAGGCAUUUUUCAAACUGAAAUUGGCAAACUGAAGCUCUUCUCUGUUGAGUUCUAGCACUGAUGAUAAUUAGUCAGGUAAUUUUUGUGACAUUUACCGAAAACUGUGAAAAGCUAUAUAUAUAUAUAUAUAUUAGGGGUGUAACGAUACGCGUAUUCGUAUUGAACCGUUCGGUACGACGCUUUCGGUUCGGUACGCGGUACGCAUUAUGUAUACCGAACGGUUCGUUGGAGUAAUUAAUUAUAUUUGGAAAAAAAAAAAAAAGAGAGAGAAAGAAAUAUAAUGAUAUGCGUUCAACAAGGUAGCCCAAUAACCCAAACAACGUAACAGGCAACGCCCCUGACACUCCCGAAGAAGAAAAAAACACCAUCUUAUAUGUUUAUGUUAGGCUACUCAGCAGGCGCUCGCUCACUCAGUACACGCUGAAGGCUCGUUGCAAAAUAGCCAAUGCGUUUAACAGACUAGAAAUGAGAAGAUCCUCCAAUAACCAACAGGUCUGGUGUUUGGGUGCACUUUGGAUUCCCUUUAAGCUAUAAUGGUGAUGGCAAGAGAGUGGUGGAUAAAUAAACAACGGUAUGUCGCAUCUGCAACAUGACAGGGUACACCAGCGGGAUUACAAAAAAAAAAAAAAAAAAAAAAAACUGCGGGAAUAUCUGGGAUAUAUGCGUCAGUACUAUCUGGGAAAAGACGAAAAAAAGGAGAAACAUGCACGCAGCAAACUAUCCCUGCAGCAUUUAGACACUAUAGCUUACAGGGAAUCCAACCCAAACACCAGACCUGUUGGUUAUUUUAGGAUCUUAUAUUUCUGGUCUGUUAAAUGCAUUAGACAUUUUGCAACGAGCCUUCAGCGCGUGCUGAGUGAGCGAGCGCCUUAGGGGCCGUUCACAUAUCGUGCCUAAAAACGCAUGGAAAACGCUAAGCGCGUCUUUCUCCUGAGGCGUCUGUCUUUGCUAAGCAACAAUGACGUGCUCUCUCCAUGAGACGCGGAAAUUUCAGCGAAGGAUAAAUGGAUUUGCAGCUCUAAAAAUCGCUUGCAGUAGCUCUGCUACUGAAUUUAUUUCAAAAUUGCAAUCCAUAUACAACUAUGAUCAGCUGUUCCUUCAUCUUGGCUGAGCUCUCAAUGUUGUUAUGGGAAAGGAUGAAGCUGAUUGGUUGGUUCUUGUCACAUGACCCGCGGUGCGCUUGCGGCAUUCUGAAAAGUUGAGAUGUUUUUACAUUUUGCUGUAUCUAAAACGUAUCGAACCGAACCGAACCGUGACAUCAGUGUAUCGUAUCGAACCGAACCGUGAAUUUUGUGAACCGUUACACCCCUAAUAUAUAUAUAUAUAUAUAUAUAUAUAUAUAUAUAUAUA